GUAAAGCCGACCUCAACAAAGAAGUCACUUUAAUGUAUCGUGUUUGUUUAAAUAAUAUUGAUAAUAAGUAAUGUUACAGUCUACUACAAAAAGUCUGUUAGAAGGAAGAGUCAUUCUAGCAAGUGGCUCACCGAGAAGACGAGAAAUUCUUGAAAAUUUAGGUUUAAAGAUUGAAAUUAUACCAUCAACAUUUGAUGAAAAAUUAAAUCGGAGUAACUAUAAAAAUCAUGGUGAUUUUGUUGCUGAUUUGGCUGCACAUAAAGUUCAAGAUGUUUUUAAACGUCUGAAAGAAAAUAGUGAUAGUGCAGUGUCUCUAAUCAUUGGAGCUGAUACUAUUGUUACCAAAGGAAAUGAAAUUUAUGGAAAGCCUACGGAUAAGAAAGAUGCAUUUACAACACUGUCAUUCCUUGCAGGUAAAACUCAUACUGUUUUUACUGGAGUUUGUCUAAAAACUCUGGAAAAAGAAGUGAAAUUUUGGAACUCCACAGAAGUCACAUUUGGAAAUAUAUCUAUGGAUCAAAUAAAUGCUUAUGUUGAAACUGGAGAACCAUUAGAUAAAGCUGGAGGCUAUGGAAUACAAGGAGUUGGAGGUUGUUUUGUGGAAAAAAUAAAUGGAGACUUCUAUACAGUAGUGGGUUUGCCGCUUUAUUCCACAAUAAAACAUUUGAACAACUUAUUCUGUGAAGUAUGACACACUGUAAAUACAAUGAAAAUGACAACUAUGAGAGUACUUACAAAUGGUAAUCUGUGACAUUGUUAUGUUGAACAAAGCAAAUGUUAUUUCUGACAAAACAAUAGCUCGAUUUGGCGGUGGAACUCUGUGAAUACCCCAUGAACGAUUGGACAGUGUCAAAUCAUAUGGUCCAUCAUAGAAUAACUCAAAGAAC